UCGGCUCUCAGCUAUGUCCUGCUUCCUUCAGCCACCGGCCCACCUGCGAUCCGCCGCCGCAGCGAGUGUUCGAUCGAUCCGCAGCGAGUGGAGAAGCGCUCGCGGCCGUCGACCGGAGACCGGGAGGAGCUGGAGAGAUCCAGUGCUGGUGGUGGUUGGAGGGGUUGCACGCUUCUUCUCCCAGACGAGACGGCUGAGGAUGAGUCGCCUUGCCAGUGCCUCUGAGGGUGUCAUCAACACACACGCCUUGCCGCCAGCGGUUCACUGGGGAACUUCGGCAAAAGAAGCGCUUCCAGCCAUGCUCAAGAAACUGCAUUGCAACCGUGCCUUUCUGAUGGUGAGCCGCACGCUUCGAGAAGGGCAUAGUGCUGUGGAAGAGAUUGUCAGUGCGCUGGGAGAGACCUGCGUUGGCGUUUGGGAUGGGAUGCCAGCACAUACUCCUCGUGAUGCAGUGCUAGAUGCUGCCCAACAGGCGCGCGAGGCCCAUGCGGACGUCAUCGUCACCAUCGGCGGCGGCAGCUUGACGGACGGCGCCAAAGUCGUGCGCAUCGCACUGGAGACGCAGGCGACGGAAGGUGAAAGCCUCGGACAGUAUUGCUUCAAAGGCGACGUCUCCGCGGUGAAAGACACCAAGCUCAUCCCGCAGGUCUCGGUGCCCACCACGCUGAGCGCCGGCGAGUUCGCCCCGUACGCGGGCUGCACGGAUCCAAGGAGCAAAGUCAAAGAGACCUAUGUGUGGCUCGAUGCGCUGCCCAAAGCCAUCGUGCUAGACCCUGCCUUAGCGCAACUGACGCCUGAGUGGCUCUUUCUCUCCACAGGCCUUCGGUCAGUGGACCAUUGUGUGGAAUGCCUUUGUAGCCUCUCGGGGAAUCCCUACAGCGACGGCCUAGCUUCGGCGGCCUUGACGCUCUUGGUGCGCGGCCUGCAAGGGGCCAAGCAGAAGCCGAGCGACCUCGAUGCGCGCAGCGACUGCCACUUGGGGAUUCUGCAGGCAGUCCAGGCUUGUCAGAGCGGACCCAAGAUGGGCGCCUCACAUGCCAUCGGCCACAUCUUAGGCCCUGCCUUCGACGUGCCCCAUGGCUACACCUCCUGCGUAGCUCUUCCGGCCGUUCUCCGCUGGAACGCCGAGGAUGAGCCCAGCCGCGCGAGACAGGCGUUGGUCGUCUCAGCUUUCCAAGCCGCCGGCGCGGGCGGCGCGGGCGGCAGACGGCCAAGGACGACUGCAGCUGACUGUGUGGCUGGUCUGGUGGCAGACCUAGGCCUUCCCGUGUCGUUGAAGGACGUAGGUGUGGCCAAGGGCGACCUGGAAGACUGCGCCCGGCGGACGAUGCACGACCCCCUGGUGCAGAGCAAUCCACGCAAGAUCGAUGGAUGGGAGGAUGUGAAGUCCAUCCUGGAACUCUGCGGGCCCUUCGCGGAGAAGUCGGAUCAAGCCUAGACGACCGCAAAAAUAAGGAGAGCGAGCGUCGAGCGUCUGCACCAACUAGUGCCGGUUUCUUUUCUUUCAAUGGCGCCAUGGAGCUAGCCAAUGCUGGUGCACCAAGAUGCGAA